GCUGGUUGGCUCGUGUUUGAUUCCUGGCACAAACGAAUUCUAACGUUGACCCGUCUUCUGUAUCAGGCAACGUAAUUCACACUGAUCCCUCCUAUCUCAUGCACCCGAUAUACUAUCCCACAAUAAGCUACUGGACUCUUCCGACGAGCGCUAUGGAUACUAUGGUACCUACAUCCGGUGGGUAUGCAGAUGGUUCCAAUUGGUACAUAUCGACUUUUAUCAUACUCGGGUAAAUGUCUCACUUCUCGAGGGAUAAACCUUCCUAUGUAACGGCUACGGCUACCCCCUCGAGCCCGAUCACAUAAGCCGCGACGGCUAACGGUUGGACCGUUCUAUUGUUGUUGCUUAACUCAUAGAUUAUGCGCAACAGCUCCAUGACUUCAAAGCUAAGGAAACAAGAAGCUGACCAAUAUUCUUUCUGGAUCCUGCAUGGCCAGGAAGGGCCGGUGGUGCAUGAAAGUAUAUAGAUGUGGCUGCGUGCUGUGCGCGCGCUGCGCAGCUAAUGACCCGGCGCAUGUUAACACUAACGUGUGUGUGUUUGUCUUACUAUUACUUGAUAGACAGUACCCGCUUAAACCCUGCCUGCUUUCGUCCUUUCGUCCUUUCGUGGAUCUUGGUGAUUCCUGCCACACAGGGGAGCGGGCCAAUUCACCUAGAAUCCAGCUAGCUUCCCACUGGUCAGCAGUUCUUCUACUUGACUCCCAAUUGGGGGGAUGUAUUAACUUAAUUUCCCGGUCCAGCGGAUCUUCAAGUUCGAAUGUGAUCGGGGAGCUACAUAUGCGUGUGUCAGCAGCAUCAGCAGCGGCAGUAAUAGCCAAAAACUUGAAAAGAGUUUUUUGCUCUCCACGGCAAAUAAUCUUACGCUGUGUUUCUCCAUUCCGAGGUCCAGAGGCGCGAUUGCCGUCGUUAUCAUGUGCUUCGGUAUCGAUUUUCGAUGGUCAGUACAUGAUUCUGAGAGUUCAUACUGUCAGCAGGUCCCGCGUGGCAUGAUAAGGAACAUCGUAGUUUCUGGAACUGUACCCGAAAAGGA